GACACCUCUCUUCCCGCCCUCCUCGGCGCUUUGCUCGCCUGGAUGGCGAUUGGGACCCCUUCCAACUCGCGCCAGCGCAGGCGCAGUCUCAAGGCUCUCUUGCAACUGCCUGCGCUGUUUCCCCGCACCGUUUCAUUCACCCCUAACUCUCAUGGACAACCUGUCGCCGGAAUUUCUUUACCUGAAGACAUCCUCCAUGAAAUUCUGCAAGAGCUCCCCGCAUCGGAUAUUCUCAAUCUCUGUCUUUGUUCCUCUCAUCUCCGGGCUCUGCUUGCGCCAGAGCUCUACAGGACGAUGCAUCUCCGCUCUAGCCGUGCGUGCGAGUCCGGCCUCAACCUGCUCGCGAGGCAUCCGGAGCUUUGCGGCCACAUUCGCAAGCUGGCGCUCCGGCCAAACUACUAUCUCGCGUGGCCUAAUCGCGAUAGCGCUGUCGACGAAGUCUGGGUCGCGAAAAUGGUCCGCAUAAUCGCGCCGGGGCUCAAGAAACUCAAGACUUUCGACUGGGAUGGGACCGAGAUGCCCUCAAACACGCUGUGGCGGACGCUCCGCGAAUCAUGUCCGGAGUUAACAGAGCUGUAUACCAAUGUCGGGUUCGAGUCUCUGAACCCCCGGAGCGAGCUCUUCAAUUUCGAUGAUCUUACCCUCUUCUCGCUGUCUGUCCGUCAUGGACUUCCAGACUCUUCCGUUUUCCCUCUGCGAGAGGAACUCCCUCCUGCUCUUUGGGACAUGCUUCUAACGCGCUGUCCAAAUCUCACCGAGCUUACAUUAUGCUCUUUCUCUGCCGGCCAACGGAUAUUCCAAAUCGACCGAAUCGUCGAGGGCGACUGGCCCGCGCUCACAUCACUAACACUGGGCACAUUCGGAUACAAUGCCGAUUUCAGUCUCGCCUCUCAACCCCCCGAAAUGCCACGCUUUCUCUCAAGGCACCCGCGGCUAUCGGCCUUGCGUCUUUCAUGGAACUUCAGGCGAUGGAUGUCGCCGGACGAGGAUGCCGCGUUCCAGCUCGAACUGCCUCAAACAUUGGAGGAGUUCUCCGGCAUCGCCCAACAACUUCCGUGUCUGGGCUGGGAAAGCAUAACAACGAUCGACUUGAUGUGCGAGCCGCUGUACUCCACUCGGUUCAUCGCUCUCUGCGAUGCGCUCAAGGCCAUGCCUCUGCUCGCCAAUCUCGAAAUCUGGGUCCACGUCGAGCCCAACAUGGCUGCCUAUGCCGCGUUUCUGCGCGACCUCUGCGCUGCAACCCCCAAACUGGAGGACCUCCAUUUUAUGUGUACGACUCCGUUUGGCAAGAAACCCCUUAGCAUCCUUGCCCGCGCUCUCCGGGCGCUUCCCUACCUUCGGGCAUUUGCCCUCACCAAGGGGCACCGCUACGCGGAUGAAACGAUGCGGGCUUCGGCGGUCCGCGUGUUCCGGGCCGUCGCCGGCCCGGCAUCACAGACGCGGCUGGAGCAGGUCAGUGUCCGCUGGGCGCGCGCGGCGUGUCGAAACCACCUGAAGCAAGAGGGCACGUAUGCCCGUGUCGCCCCGUCCUACUCGGGCGCGGAGAUCGACGCGUGGGAGCGCGGGCUGCGGGCCGUGGGCGGGGCGUUCGAGCGCAAGUAUCGGUUUGCGCUGACGAGUGAGGUCUAG